UACCGUAGACUAACAAAACUAACCCACAUCCUAAUUAAAUAUGGGAUGCUAGAAAAACAAAGUGUAUUUAGUCUUCGUCGGAGAUAGUUUGACAUGAUAGACAUUAUCGACAUUGGUUUAACGCAGGUGCCUUCGCUUGGAUCGCGAUCAGAAUCUGCUAUAUGAAGUCAACAAUGCGGGCGUUUUGAGCGAACAGGAAACGAUACCAACCGAGGACGGUAAAAGCAAGUCAAUUACACAUCGGCCGUUGGAUAAAGACGUCGCCUGUAAAGGGAAUAUUCAGAUUUCCAUCAAGCGUUCUGCAAGACGUGGUUGUGGUUAUGUUACUUAAUUGUUCUGCACGAAGAACAUACUCGUAGUGAUAAAUAAAAUGCAACGCGUGUUUAAACCUUUUAUGUUCACUUCUACUUUUUAUUUAUAAAAUCUAUAUAUUAUAUUUUUUUCAAAAGUACUGUGUUUAAGUGCAGAAGUGCUAAAAGCAGGAUUGAUCAUAGCUUUCAAGACAGAGACAUAAUCACGGCAGUUGGGAUUUUACUAACCAAGAGGAAUGGUAUAACUGUUAAUUCUGCAAAAGUUUCGCUAAUAUCCGGGAUAGCGGAAGAUAAGACCAAGCUCCAUCUCAGUAUGUUGAUAAAAGUAUUAGGAUAUAAUCUGCUGGACGAAUUGUGAAUCGCUUUUGUGAAACAGACGACUUCUGUCGGUAACUUGAUGCAGAAACCAGGUCCUUGAAUAGGACUCACAAUAACACGAUCACAAACAUUGGCAGUAAUUUAAAAAAAUAAUAAUAUGGCGGACAUGGAGUUCGGGAAUGGAUGACAAUUCAUUGGAGGAUUAUAAUGCAUUGUAUCAUCAUGUGAUGAAGAUUGUGACUAGAAUCAAGUUGAAAUGACAUGUACACCAUAUUGGAUAUUUAAACCGGGAUAUGGUGUGUGGAAUACGAGUUACAAUGGAACAAUGACGAGAUUCGUGAGGACAGUAAUAACUCUACUUCUGUUGUUACUCGGAACGGCCAUGCUAGCUAAAGGCGGGAGGGUGAAGGACUUCCGGUACUCGACACCUGCUCCACGCUUCCUGCAGACAGAGGACACCUACACGUACCACAAAGGCGAGCGAGCCAUCCUGUACUGCUCCGUCAAAUACCUGGGCACAAAAACGGUAAGCUGGAGACGCGCCAACGAAAGCUACUUCUUAACAAUUGGUACCCUGCCUAUGACGAGCGACCCUAGGUUCGAGGUCGCUCACAUCGAGGAUUCCCCCGACUGGAAUAUGAUGAUAUCCAACGUAACGACCACGGACAGCGGAAUGUACGAGUGUCAGAUAAGCUCCCGGGACAGAUACCUCCGCAAGGAAGUCUUUCUCCAUGUAAAAGACGAGUUCUCUUACGCGGAACCUCGUAUAACAAUAACAGGAUCACUUCAUCCCGACAGAGGAACGCAACUGUUAUUAAUGUGCAAUGCGUCAGGGGCAAUAACACCUCCUGAGUCAAUUGACUGGUUCAAAGACGGGAUAAAAAUUGUUCCAGACGGACAGAAAAAGGUGGAAAUGCGUAAAAAGCUUUCAAUAAAUUCUCGGACUAUUACGAGUAUUCUGACCAAAUCCUCGACGGAGAUGACCGAUACUGGAACAUACUCGUGUAGGACUUCGGACUUACAGGUUACCAGCGUCAAAGUCAACGUUUUAAAUACCAAUAAAAAGUCUCAGAAAAGAGAACCAGACGACGGUAAGGCCAGUUACACACUUGAUUCCGGCUCAUCUGCAAGUCAAAUGUCGACCUCUCUCAUAUUGGUAUCGUUUUGUCUGACACUGGUGGCAUUUGUCCGAAACGCUGCAUUGGACACCUAUUGAUGUUUACGAGAACCGUAGCGUUACAGUAGACUAAAACUGGAAGAACUAAUGUUAUAUGCCGUCGUUUUCUCUGUCAAAGUGGUUAUAGUGAACAAGUUCGCAUUGAUGAGUUUCAUGGCAAAUAAAGUUUGUUGGCAUAACUUUUAGAGAUGACAUGAUUGUUAGUUAUGUCAUAAUACCAUAUGUUUGAUAUUUGACCAGCGCAUUGGAUACACGUACUUUGUCGUUGCAAGUAUUAACUCUAGUGUUUGUUUUUCAAAAGUCGGGACACUUAUGAUACUAUUUUAAAUUUAAUCAGAAAUGUACUGUGCACAUAGCUUUAGUGACCAUACAUUGCAACAAUUAAGUGAAAGUUCAUGUUCAUCGGGUUUGCUUAUUAUAAAAACAUUAACUAUGAAAGAUUGUGUCUAUUUUUUAAAAAGAAAAUUCUUAGAAGCAUUUACGAUAUUAUCACUUCCAUCCUUUUUUAUGAAGUUGGUUGUUCUUUUUUUAAAUGAACAUAAACCUUGUUUAUUUUUUUAGUUACUACGGGUAUAUAACUAAUAUAUCUUUUUAACAGCUGCAAUACUAUCCAUUAGGCUACCUGUGUACAACUUAAAAACGCUUGAUCAAAGGGCGACUUCAAAAUGUCAAAUUUGGACAGUUGCAUAGUAUAACUUGUUUCAGUAUCUUUUAUUGAAUUAUUUUGAAAUGAUAAAUGUUUCAAAUCGGUAUAGUCCGUUGUGCAAAUGGAAGUUUUAAUGUUCAUUGUAGUACGUUAUUAAUCACUUAUAUAUGUUAGGCCUUCUCCUAGCUCUUGUUUACACUAAAACCAAUGUUGUUAACAAAGAAGAAAACAAUUUGAAUAUCAGCUAUUGUUCUGUGAAUGGAAACAAAAGUUUCUUUUCAUUCGUAUUGUAAUUUCGAGAUAUAAAAUUGGUUCUCUCCUUCUUUUACAAACAUUUCUUUAUUAUUUCUAAUAAAUAAUGGUCAUUUGACAGUUCACAAACAUUACUUUAUAGUCACAUUUUGUUUUGUUUCUACGAUACGGGUAAAUAUUGUAGUGCGUUUUGUUUCACAGAGGAGUUGUAUAUCAAAGUUUAAACUCUCGAAAUGGUCACUCAGUUGGCAUAUUGAUACUAACGGAACUUGUCAUUGACAAAAUCCUUUGACAGCAACAGCUUGUAGAUAAUGAGAGAUUCAACAUCUAACUGCUGGAAUCUUACGGAAUCAAAGUGUAUCAAUAAGACAACUUUCGGGUGUUGAAAGAUGUGUUCUUAGAAGAUGUAAUCGCACACAGAAUUUGAUGUAUUAGUCUUAUAUUAAUACACAUAAUGCUUCAUUGUUUACUCCCGACCAACUCAAACAUCACAUUUACAUCAGGUCAGACUUGAAUGAAUUCAAAUAUAUUUACAAACAUACGUUAAAGAUAAUGAAAUGAUUAAAAUUGUUCCUGUACUUCAAGCAUCAGGUUUAAGUGAUCAUGUUGUAACAGGUGUAGAACAAGUUUAUCACAAACUCACUGGCUUUAUAUGUUAACUCAUAUGUUCAUUCCAUUAUUAUUUUGUGAAUGGUUAAUUUGAUUAAUAAAAAUAAAUUAAA